AUGCGCCUCUCCACUGUCGCAACCGGGCUUUUGCUCCCUCUUCUCGCCCUUGCGCAAGACGCACCCGCGGCCAAUGCGCCAGGCGACUCGACCACGACCCUGACCGCGACCGCGACUUCCACCAAAACCAUCACGGUCUCCAGAGUCGUCGCAUCCGUCACCUCGACCUACGGAACCAACUCUACCACUGCAGUUGGCCCCACCGCCCCCGUUGGAACUGGUUCCAAGGUCACCGGCACCGCCGUCAGCUCUCUCCUGGUCCCCACCAAUCCCUCAGCAACUCUCGCACCCGUUCCCACGAACGGCGCAUCGAGCCUGAACAACAUGUACGCCGGCAGCGCAGGUCUGUUGGCCAUGUUGGCCGCCGCCUUGCUAUAA